UGGUGUUGUGAGUGUAUGUUAGUAGUUUGUCAUGGUAGACGUAAAAAAUAUUUACAUGAUAUUUAUUAUGCAGGGUAUCUCAAUAACGUAUCGUAUAAUCAUAUAGUAUUUGUAAUCUUACGGACCUAAGGUACAUUAAUUAUGCAUUUUCAUCCUGUUUCGAUAGGAUUGAAUACCAUUUGCCGAGGUGGAAGCUGAUUUCAUCGUCAUGGACAAGAAUAUUCGGCUGCUGCAACGGUAGGAUAAAUAGUUAUAUGUUAUGAAAAGCAAAAAAAUUAGACAUGUUCAGCGGCUAUAAAGAUGCCACGACUUGUUAUAAUGACCAGCCUUUUUUUGAGAAUCGCAGUCAGGCCUCGUUUCUACCUGGAGAUACCUCCAAACAAACAUCAGGUCCUCCAUGGGACUACUCUCAGCAGCCCUUCAGCACCGUGCCUUGUUAUACAGGAGACCAGAGUAUGAAUCACAGACAUCCAUCUGCAAACCAUAAUCCUCAAGUGGUGUCUCAGUUUGAGAAUAACAGUGUUCUUGCUCAUUAUAAAAAUAUAAGUGCAGGUAAUAAUAGUCAUCAGCCUGUUGUUCGACCCAGGGCAGUAAUAAACUGCCAAUCAAAUUGUAAUGCAUGUUACAAUCAUUCUGUUGCAAGAGUUCCUCACCCCUGGAAUCCACCUCCAGCAGAAAGUAUAUGCUACAUUACUGGAAACUCAGCAGCCCCCUUAUCUGGAGAUGAGAUUUCCAGAUUUGCACCAAAUCUAGCCAAUUUUUCACAGCACGAGGAAUCUUCCCAACAUUUUACAAGUGGUUUUGCAACUCAGCUUACAAAACUUUCAAAGUUUGCAAAGGAUUCUUCUCCAGGUGUUUCAUCCACCAUAGCACCAAAGAAUGAUAAUCUGUCACCUGCAGAAGAUUCUAGUGUUGUCAGGCCUCAGCACUGUUCAUCAAGAAUGGAGCCCAUACUGGAAAAGUACAUUCCUCCUGUCCCAAGUGAAAAUGCCUCAACUAAAAAAGACUCUUGCAUUACUUGCCAUGGUGCAUGUACUAGGCCUAAUUGUAAGUUAUAUCAUCAGCAGACCAUAAAAUUUCCCAAUCUUGAACCUCUUCCCAUCCAACAGUUUGGAGUACCAAGAGAAAAUGUUCUGAGAUAUACUGGACAUUCAGCAACAACAUUAAAUGGUGGAAGUCCAUCUUGCAACCAGUGGCAUCAGUCACCAGGGCUUUGGCUGCAGAAUAGUCAUCCACCAAGUUUCUGGAUGUCUGCACCAGAUGAUAUACAUAAUAUGGGAAAUGCAGGCAUGACAAAUUUCUGGAGUGACCGAAGCAACUGUGAGAUUUCUGCCCAGCAAGUGCCUCUGCCGACAAACUAUCACGAUAUGGCUUCAAAUAAACCUGCAGGUCAGGUUAGACACCAUCAUUCAUUACAGCAACAAAAAGAAGGAAUUGUGCAUGAGGGAGAAAGAAGUGACAAACUCCAUCAAAGUAUGCUCCAAAAAUAUCAAAAAGGCACUGAGGUACCACAAAGAUAUUCAGAAAUGUUAGUGAGACAGAAGGGCCCAGACGAAACAACUGUGCCACAGGUAUAUCAGGACCUGUUACCACGAAGAAGCCACCAACAUGAAGGAGUAGUGGAAUGUGGAGUACAGUAUCGACAGGACAUGGUUUCAAGACAUCCAACGCGGGUGGUGAAGUCACAAGUUGAGACACGGAGCAACAAAAAUGAUAAAGGCCAUCAUGAACCCCCCACUAUCACAUCAGAACUAUGUCAUCAGGACAUAACUAGGUCACAUAUUAUCUCAGAUGGAAUCAAUUCCAGUCCAGCAUUGCCAGAUUUUCCUCCUACCUCUGUAGAGAGACAUACAGAUCAGGUGCAGCGAGAUAUUUCAAGAAAAUUUCCAGCUACCAAUUUUGCGGCAUACCUACCUCAGGACACUAAAGUUUCCUCUUCUUCCUCCACAAACUACUCAGCAGUACUUGGGAUUGCACAGCCACCAUCACGGUUCAGCUCAAACCUAACCUAUACUCAAAGCAAGAUAUCCCGAAGUAAUAACUAUAUGAGAUUAUUUUCCGAAUCUUGCCUCGAAGAGUCAUAUAACUCUUCCCAUUCUGGUGAUGUGUUGAGAAAUGGUUUUGUUUCAAACAGUACUACUGCUACAGCAAACACGGUAACAUCGGGUCUGUCACAUCGACAUAUUUCUUACCAUAACAGAGAAACUCCAAACACUGGCAUGAACUGUUCAGGACAAAUUCAGUCUCCAUCUAGUAAUUCAUUACCACUAGAACCCGUUAUUAGAUAUGGUACCAUGAAGGACUCAAGUGAUGCCCCCACAAUUGCCAUAACUAGUGCUUCUGUUGCGACCUCUCAGGUACCUCAUCUCCAGUCAUGUGGCAAGAUGUUGUCUGAUAAUGCCACUCAAUAUCAGACUGGUAGAACAAUGCAAGUGGUUGAAAGUAAUCCUUCAUGCAGCCUGGGGAGUUCUGCAGGACUCAGUGUAGACCCAAAACGUCUAAAUAAUUCAUCAUAUAUUGGGUCACCACACAAUAGACAAGAGUCAGGGGUUGCAGGAUCUCAACAUAUGCCCUACCAGAACAUGUUGGCAGAUAACAGAUCAGAGAAUGUUGCUGCAUGUAACACGUUUUGUGGAAAUAACAGUUCCGUAUUGCACUCUCAUUUAUUUGAUGAUUUUAAUAAGAACUACAGCAAUACCCAUGUUUCAGGGCCAGAAGCAGACCUGAUCAGUCAGUCAUCCAAAGAAAAUUGUCAGAUCACAUCACCCAACAUUUAUUCCCAGAGUAACAUGUCUGCAGCAACUGGUGGUGUUAAUCAGCAGUUAUUGCCACUAAUGGAAGAUAUAGGAGCUAGUCGACCAAUCAAGAAACGUAAACCCCGCAUUAAGGGUAUGAUGAAAACUGACCAAGUGCAGUUAGUAGGGAAACGGCAUCGGGGAAGAAGCAGCCGGCAUAUGACACCAGCUCCUACUCUUGAUGUGCGACAGUUUUUAGCUACCUGGGAUGAGGAGACGGAUGACCUAUCACCAGCUCCAAGAUUGCCAGAUGUUGUUCUCAGUAACAGUUCUGCAGAAAAUCCAUUGUUGGUACUGGACUGUAGAAAUUUGAAUGCUAAUGGUAUGGCAACAUUGUCAACUGUAGACAGAAAUUCAAUACCAGAGGGCAGUUCCACUAAAAGUUUAAUUCAUAUGUACCAGCAACAAUUGGCAAGUCCAUCGGAAUCCAGCAAUACCAGUAAUGAUACCACAAAAGGUAACAACCAGACAUUACAAGAGAAUUCAAAUGAUGAUAUAUCACAACCACUAGGAGAAUGCCCAAGUUUAAUUCCAAUUGAUCCAGACAGAUUGGAAAAAUUUCGACAAUCAAAUAAUUCUAUCAAGUCUUUACCAGAGCACAGAACAUUAGACCAGAGCAAGUCCUCUUUUUAUCAGACAGAAGAAAGUGGAGAAUCCACGCCAAUUAGUGGGAGUGAAAACUCUGCCAGUAAAUCUGGUUUAGUUGAAAGUUUAGUAGAGGCACCAGGAAUCUCUGUGGUAGAAAACAUUCACAGCCAUCUGGAUAAUGUUUGCACAAAAUCUGAUGUUUCUGAUAGCGUUCUGCUUAAUGACUGUCAUACCUCAUCCAAAAGCUUGCCAUCACAAGCAGAUCCUUUUCCAGAAGAAUGUGAUAGUUUUCAUGGAAUUCAUGAAGACACCUCUGAUGUUGAUUCACAACACUGUUUUGUGGUGCAAAAUGAAUGCAGAACAGAUGGCAAUAUUUGGCAGAAUGUGCAAGGAAAGUCCAAAUGUAAGUCAAAAGAUUGUGUCUGUUUCAUUUCACAUCAAGAGGUUUCAUUAUCUUGUAACAAGAUUCAGCAGGUUGGUCCCGAUACAGCAUUAGAAGAGAGACAUGCUGAUUUCCACCAAAGUAGAAAAAGCAGAGCUAAAGAAGUGCGGUCUUUGGUAUUCAAGAAUAGGGUAGGUAUUAAUACACUGAAAGAUCUUUGUACAGCUGUGAUAGAACACAACACAAAAAUCAAGCAGACAUUUGAGAAAGGUAGAUGUUCACAUGGAAAGAUAUCAAAUAGAGGUUUUGCUGGGAAGGAAAUUGAAGAUUUAGAAACAGAACUUUGUGACAGUUUGAAUGAUGAUGAGGAAAUUGAGAAGACUUGUGCCAGAAAUGGCUGUUCGGUUUUGAAGAAUAUUGCAGACAUAUCGUAUGGUUCAGAUCAUAGUUCUGUCAAGGAUGUAACCAUUUCUGUGUCAGAAUCAACGGGGAUGCCAUAUUUAAUAGAAGAAACAAAUGGCGUUUCUGAUCCAGAAAUUUUGCACUGUAACACACCAAACAGUAACAAUGAAGUGUUGUCCCAGAAGACUGAGAAUACCAAUGAAGCAGAAAAAUAUUUGAAGCUGUCACUAACAUGUGAAUUGCUGGCAAAAGAGAAACUGCCUGAGAAUACUAAAGCAUGUACCACUAAGGUCUGUCAUUCAGAAUCUAGUAAUUUAACCACUACUGUUAACACAAAAGUCAAAGUCAGUAGUUCUAUUAAAUUGUUUGAUGAAGCACUGCCUCCAAGUAGCAUUAAGAUGAAAACGCCGAAUAAAGAUGUAUUACUGAAUACUGAUGCCAUUCCAACACAUUCAACUGCCGGUCCUUAUUUGUCUGCAGAGAAAUUGUCCAGUGCUCAUUUAUCCCAGGAUAGUACAGGGCAAGGCAUUGCAGGGAAGACACCAGUGAUGGCAGAUAAAGAAAAUAUAAAAUUAAAAGAGCAGGAUUUGAAAGGUUAUUCUGCAGAACCAGUUCAAACCAGUGAAAAUGAGAAAGGCAUAGAGGAUGUCAAUUUUUCAGUCACCAAUGAAUCAGAAAAGAACCGUCUUAAUCUGCUGUCAUACUCGAGUGAUACAGGAGAAGACUUGGAUAUGUCUGUUACAUCAAGUACACCAACCCCAGUCAUUGUGGAAGAAGUAGAUGAAGAAUUAGAUUUGAUGUAUCAGGAUUCUGCUUUAUCUGACUUUGAGAAUGAGAUCAGGCUUGAAUCUGAUUGUAUUUCAUUUUCAAGUUUACCAUGUAUAUCAAAGAAGCCCAUUCAUGAAGAUUCACAUUCUGACCACUCAUUGGACAUACUUGAAAGUUUAGACAGAUCCCAUACGUUGCCUGGAGAUACAAAUGAUAGUUUCCCAUGUCUAGUGGAAAAAAAUUUUGAUUCUGAAAACCUGAAUGAUAACAAAGAUGAAAUGGCAGGAAUGUGUGAUUUUAAAAUAUCAGUUAAGGUAGAUAAUGAGAAAUGUGUAUCAGUAUCAUCUAGUGAGGCAAAAUCACUAGGAAAUAACACAGAAUUGUCACCUUAUUUUAAAAGCAGUUUUGACAUCCCUGAUAGUUGUAGUGAAGGCACACAAAUACAGCCAGUAACGUCACAACCUUCUCAACUGUUCGUGGCGAAUCAUCAAUCAGAUUUAUUAUCUAGUAGGAUUGAGGACGUUAGCAAAACUUCAGAUACUGGUUUGCUUGGUGUUUUAGCACCAGAGAGCAACGAGAAAGUGCAGUCGGAAUCUGAAGAAAAUAAUUAUGCAGAGCUCCUACCAUUGGACCACAAUUCUGCAGUGGAAGCUUGUAACAUCCUGCAUGGCCACAAACCUACAACUAAUGUUUUACUAGAGAAUAUCACUUACUCUGACACCGGAACAAAAAUUGAUAGUGAGAAACAUGACAGUCCUGAUUCACUACUUUGUAACACACUGGCAGUCACAGAAGACAGGAAUAAGCAGAAUGAAGAUGAUAAUUCUGUAGAUAAAACAGUGCCCAGUACACAAUCAAAUGCCUGUAUAGUGUUGCAUGAAGAACUGGACUUGAAACUUGCAGAAAAUAAAGUGAAUCCAGUGGGUGCAGAAAAGAGGUCAUUGGAUGCAAAUGGGAAAGACAUGUCAGUAUCAUCAGUUUCUUGUUUUAAUGGAACUCACAGUCUUGUUUCAGGUGAGGUAGGAAGAAGACAAAGAAAGAAUUGUUCUAUUUUGAAUAACAGUUCUGUAAUGCUGAGAUCAUCAUCAUCAUCAGACAGUCCAGCCUCUCAUGACAGAAGUGAGGAUGCAGUUACUUAUGAUGUGGAAGAGAGACUUGAAGCAAGUGAUGAGAUCAGAGAUUCAAAAGUUUCUACACAUGGUCACACUGAAGUACAUUUUAAUUAUGGCUCAAAACAGUUGGAAAUUGAAGAGACUGAUAAUGAGGUGUCUGAAGUUUAUCCAUUACAAAAAGGAAGUGCUUGUAGUAGACUAUUGAAACUUUCAGAAAAUGAUGGAACAACCAAUAAAUCAAUUUUAGAAACAACAGCAGACAGUUCAAAAAAUGCAGCUAGCUUCAUGAGCGUGCUAGAGACUGGUUCCUUUAGUCAUGAAUCAGUAGAAGUUAUCCAGUCAUAUCAACUUGUCACUAAUAUCAAGGAAAUGCCAAAGUCUGCAGCAGCUUGUAACAAAAAUGCAGAAUCUCCUGAAGUACACCAGGAUUGCAGUAUCAAUUCACCCACUUCAAAUAUGACAAUUGGAAGUGAAAAUGUGUCUCAGACAAAUGAGAAUAACGUAGAUGGACAUGUCCCACACAAAGAAGACGACUCAGAUCUGGGUAUAAAACUGAACAUUGCCACCAGCCAUAAUUACAACAGUUCUGUAGUUCUACAGGUUUCUGAAAGUCAGAAUAUACCCAAAACACUUCUGCUACAAAACCAGAACUUGUGUAGCUUAAAUGAAGAAGACAAAUUGCUGAUCACAGCAGGUAGAAAUAAAAAUGAAGAAACCCUCAAAAUGAAUUCUGAUAGAAGUAACAGCAUUAAAGAACCUCAGAACAAGAAUUUAUUGUUUAUUACUGGUACUGAAUCAGCACCUAUCCAGCAUAACAUAUUAAAUUCCCAGAAAACUGCAGUACCUAACUCAUCAGCAGGUCAUCCUGAAACAUCAGACAAAUCUGUAAGUGACCAUCUGGAGAUCGAUUGUGAACCGGAGUCUGCAGUUGCCAGUGUACCAUGUGAAGGUACAGCUGUGGCAGGUUAUGAAACAUCAUGGAAUGUUGAACCUAUUAAUUUCUCGAAGAACGCCAUUUCCAAAUGUCAGAAAGGCAACAUUCCAGAAGAGAGGUUGAGUGCGUGUAGUGACAGAUCACCUUAUGUUACUGAAUCACAAAAUGUGGAAUAUUUACAGAGAAACUUCAGUCCUGACAUUUGCCACAAUGAGCAAGAGAAUGGCUGUAGAGAAGAUGAUGUUGCAGCUGAUUAUAGAAACACUUCCUGUAAGGGACAGAAUGUAGCCACAAGCGUGACUGACGGUGGUGGUGGUGGUGGUGGUGACAACGGUGAUGAUGAUGGUAUCACUACCAUAGCUGCUACUAUUAAUGGUGAUAAUCAUGAUGAUGUUUCUGUUAAAAGUGUAGAUGCUGCCACUGAAGAACAUCUUGACGAUAAUUACAAUACUGAUGCACAUAUUUCUGACGUUACUGAUCAUGUUACCACCACCACCACCACCACCACUUCCACUGCUGCUGUUGUUACUACUGUUAUUGAAGAUGAUGUUUAUUGUGAUAAUACAAACAUUGAUGAUUAUGAUGGUGGUGGUGCUCUUAGUCCUACUACUUCUGCAAUCACCACUGAUGAUGAAACUGCUAGAAACAUGGAUGCCUACACAUCCUGUAAAGACCAAAGCAAUGUUGCAUGUCAGAAUGUAGUUCAAAAUGUGACUUGUCUUGAAACAUUUGCUGGUGUUGCUGCCACUACUGCUACUGUUACUACUACUACCACUACUACUACUACUGCCACCACCACCACAACUAGUCCUGCUGCUGCUGCUACCACCACCACUACCAUCACCACUGAUUAUGUUGGUACAUGUAGUGAUGCUAAUACUGCUAAUGAAGGUGAAGUUUGUGUUAAUGUUACUGCUACUGCUCUGACUACUACUACUACCACCAAUACUACUACUACUGCUGCCACCACCACCAUCACUGCUGAUUUUGUUGGUACAAGUAAUGAUGCUAAUACUGUUAAUGUUACUGCUGCUGCUGCUGCUACUACUACUACUACUACUACUACUACUACUACUGCUGCUGCUGCUGCUGCUGCUGCUGCUGUUGUUACCGCUAUCACCACUACUUCCUUAGGAACUACUGGCACUGCCACGUUUGCUGGUGCUAUUUCUGCCACAGCUGUAAAUGCUGUCAGUAUUAGUGAAGGUGAUGAAGGUAAUGAUGGUUGCAAGGGAUUAGUGAAUUGUGCUGUGGGAGAGGACUGGCAGCAUGGAGCAGACAUUCAGUGCAGUAAUACCAGUCAAAUGGCAAGCAGGUCACAGAAAGCAGAACAAAAUGGUAAAGACAUGGAGCAGACACACAUUACUAGCAUGGUCACAUCAGUUUCCAUCACUUUGGGAAAAGAAAACAAUGCUGGGAUGUCUGUUCUCAUUAACACAGUAGAGAAUCAGGAAUGUUAUCAGCCAGAAGGAGAACUUAAGACCGCUGAGAACUUCAAACUAGAGCAGACUUCUAAAUCGUCAAGUGAAUGUAAUCAUAAUCGGUUACUGAAGUUUAUCACCACAUGCAGAGCACUGACAAGCCCUGAUGACCUGUCAUGUAAUUCAAAACACACUGAACAUGUUGGUAUGAGAAAACCACUUAAUGAACUUCAUUCUGUAGGAAGCAAGUCCCAGCAACAAGAAGAACCAAACCAAGAGAAAAUGGACACAGCUGCAAAUCACAUAAAACCUUUUCAGCAACAGUGCCCAUCUGCAGCUGAGCCAACUGAGGAUGCAUUAAAUAAUUAUAUGCAUGAACUGCAUGAUGAAUCACAUACAUUGUCUAUUCAGGAAGAAUGCCCAUAUAUAGAGGAAAUGCAUAAAGAUAAGAUUAAUAAUUGUGUGUUAGAUAUGUCCAGUGGUGUGCCUAUGCAGCAGGAGGAACACCAUUGCCUGGAAGAAUUGAUUAAAGAUGAAAUCUAUACUUCUGAAGUAAACAUACCUUCAGGAACACUUAUGCAACAUGAAUGGAAUUCUGCAGAUAAAGUAAUAAAGGAUGAAAUUAGUUGUGAAGUAACGUCUGUUAAUAUGACCAUACAACAUGAAUGCCCUUCCCCAUUGGACCUAAAUAAGGAAGAAAUGCAUGAUAUCAAGAUAAAGACACCAGAAAAUGUUUCCCAUAGUUCUUUGUCACCUCAGGACAUAUCAGAAGGCUUGGACAUGGAUGGAAUUGCAAAAUUCGUUUUGCCUAUGUCUGAAGAUUCAUCUUUGAAGGAGGAACAUCUGUCUUUGCAGGAAAAUAAUGUUUCUCUUUCACACAGUGAACAGAGUUCUCCAGUAAGUGGCCCAGGGCCGAUCCAGAAUAGCAUGACUACUGUUGCAAGCACCAAGAUGACAGUGGAACUAAUGCAUAGCAAUGUGAGUGCACAGAAUUCACCUCACAGACAAGAAGCAGAUCUCUCAGUUGGUACAGAAGAUAUGCCACAUCUUGAAGUUAUUGACACAGAAGUUUCACCAUACAGCUCUGAUUCAUUGGAAAUGCCAUGUCUUGACCUUAUUGCAGACCCUGUGCAGCCAGUGGGGAGUGAUCAGGUGCCGUAUCCUAAUGAUAUCUGUGCAUCUGUGAGCAAUAUACCUCCAUUACAAAUUUUGUCGGUGGAUAUGGACACAGGUAUGAAGGAAAAUGUAACAGAAUCAGGGGUUGAUGUACAAACAGUACAAAGAAAUGACAAUCUUACAUUGGAAGUGACAUUUUCAAGGCCUCAUUCUGUGCAGAAAUCAGAAGGCAGCAGAAAUACAGAGAUGUCUAUACCCUCACAGGAUCAAUUGACAAAUUCAGUAGAUAAUGAACUACCAGGGAAACAGAUGCCUUCUGUGUUGACUACUUCUCAGAUCUCCUUCAAGUUGGAAAGGAAAUCUUCCACAGAAAAUGGUGUAGUACAGAAAGAACCACGAGCCAGAAGUCAUAGUUGUGAGAACUCUUCUUGGUUGGAAAGAGAAGCCUCCACAGUGGAUGGUGUGAUACAGAAAGAACCGUCAACUGAAAGUCAUGGUUUAUCUCCAUGUCUUAGUCCUGAUUUGUUGCAAAAUGACCAGCACAGAUAUUUACUGCCAGAAGCACAAGUGUCAGUGACAGAGGAAUGUGAUGGUUCUUUAGAGAAAGCUGUGGAAUGUGAGAUGCAAGAGGUAUCAGUCACCCAAGAAACACUGCAGGUCCUUGCAUCAUACCUGGAUUCUGAAACUGACUCAGUAAAAGUGGUAGAAGUUGAACCAGAGUACAUGGGAGUCAUGCACUCUGAUGCAACAUGUGGAUGGGAAUCUUUACCACUGGUGACUUCAGACUUGGAUUGUGUUCCAUCUGGUGAAAGAUCACAGAAGCACACUACAGAUGCCACUGCUGAUGAAGAAAUGCUGGCAUCAACUGGUAUAGGAAAAGCAUGGCCAUCAGUUAAUUUGGAGGAUGAAACUUCUCUCUCAGGUGCUGAAUUGAGUGUUUGUAGAACAGAAACAAAUUUCAACAUUGAAAGUGGCCCCAGGUAUUCAACUGCUAAAGAAACUGAAGCUGUUAUCCUUGAGCACAGUGAGAAUGUCACCUUAGCAGUAGCAGCAUUACAGGAGACUUCAGAUGAACCUGCAUCAGCUGUACAUUCAGAGAUGUUACCAGGCCUGGAUCCAAGUUUGGGAGAUGUCUUGCCUGUUGAUUCUGUAUCAAACUGGCCGUAUCUUGAGGAGGAAGUUUUCUCAGAGUUUCCAGUAGCAGACAGGGACUCUGGAAAUUCACUGUUAAUGGUUCCCUCUUCAUCACCAGUGCCAUCCACCCCAACUUCAAAUAAUGGAGACACAGCCGAGUGUGAGGCAAGCAUGUGUUCCAGUAACAGUAGUCAAUAUAAUUUUAGAACACAGUCAGGUUCAAAUGACACAGCAGUUGCUAUAAAGAGUUUGAAGUGCUGUCUUAGCUGGAAGAAAAUAUUUGCUUUGUCAAAGGCUGACAGGAAGAAGAAAAAGAAGCAGGGAACUAAAAAUGGAGAGAACCCAAAAGUUACAAAAGAAGAUACUGAAUUUUGUACCAAGUCCAGGCAGCAGUUGAAGGAAUGUUCUAAAAUCUGUCAUGCAAAUGAUGGUAACAAAUUAGGUGAUAAAUAUGAGAAGUUAAAUGGAAAUCUGAAGAGCCAGCAUGACUUAAAGAACAAAGGAGUCAGUGGUUUGGAAUUGGGUCCAGCAAAAAUUGAAGUCCGUCUUGCACCAACCUCAUCACCAAGAGGUCAUCCCAAAACGUGGCAGGUUGUAGAUGGUCCCAAGUCUGACAGAAUCUUAAAUCAGGGAAAACCUAACAGUAUUCUGUUAACUGCAUCUACAGGAAACAGUAGUUGCAGAAGUGUUGCAAAGGAUGUUGGCCCAUUGCCCAAUGGAGUAACCCAAUCACCCAUAGUGCUGGUCAAGAGACUUAUACUGAAACGCAGAUCUGAUGAUGAUAGUGAUGCUGAUUCUGACACAAAAAGCAAGAAUAUGAACCAGGAAGAACCUUUAGAUGCAAAUAUCAGGAAUUUAGGUAGUAAUAACUUUAUCCAAGCAAGUGCUUCAUCAUCUGAGCAAACAAGUGAAACUUGUGAUGAUGUUGCACAACAUUGUGAACGACUGGAAGAUUCAGAACAUGAUGAUAGUCUUGUGAAGGAGUGUAAUUUAAGUAGUUCCUCAUUGAUGACCAGUAUCUCUUCUUCUCAGCAAACUGAAACCCAAGCAGGUGGCACAACAGAUAGCGACAAUUCAGAAUCUGAGGAAGACGUGAGUUCACAUAUAUCAUUAGUUAACAACAGUCAGGAAGCUGGAAGAAAGUCUGAAGUUUGUAAGUCUGGUAGUUCUAGUUCCAUUAUGCUGUCUGAAGAAAAUGAUCCUGACGGAGUAGAUCCACCUGCUGAUACAGAUAAGACACAUGAUAUCUGUGAUGACAGUAAACACGUCAACAUAUAUUCAGAUAUUAGAGUCAGUGAGUUUGUUUCAACCAAUAGCUCAUUUUCAGGUGAAGAUAAUACCAAACAACAAUUGCCCAGGGUAAUAAUUAAGCGAACUAUAGGUAUGGGCAAUACUAACAAAUAUCAGAGCUUUCUUCGCAGUGCUUCAUCAUGUAGUACCUCUAGUGGUCAGUGGCAGCCAGUUGUUAGACUUGAAAGAAAUGUAUCAUUAGAUGAACUUGCAAAGAGCAGUGCAGUGGAUAAUGAGAUUCAUGAGGCAGAAAAAGUGCCUGAUAGUUUACGGCAUGGACUCAGAAUUAGUCUCAGAUCUCCCCCCAGCCAACAUCAUGUGACUUUAGUUCCAUUGCCAUCAUUAGCUUGUAGUUCUGUGGAUGGCAAUGGGAGUCGUUCAGAGAGGCCCAAGAAACGGAAGUUUGGAAUGUUUCGCCCUAGGAUAAAUGCACGGAGUGGUAAUUUAAAUGAUGGUUGGAAUGCACAAAGAUAUGCAAGAAGGUUUACCCCUUUCAAAUCAUCAUUUUGUGUUAAGCAUGAUACAUGCCCCACUUCGUUACCUAACGUCAGUGGACAACUGUCAAGCCCAAAGUCAUACUUUAGUCAGAAAAGCCCCCCUAUUAAAUUAAAAUUUUUUAGCAAUUGUAACAGAAUGCAAAAUGGAACUUUGAAGAUGGACAGAAACAGGGCUAUUAGAGGUGAUAGUGGUGAUGAAUAUAUAGUUGUUGAAAACAGAAAUUAUACCACAGAUAGUAUGACAAAGCUUACUUUCCAAAAGCACAAGAGGAAAGAAGUUUCUGUUAGAAAGGGGUGUAGGAAAGUUGAGAUAAAAGAGAAAGAACUUUUGAGCAAGCAGGACAUACCAACUGCACUGAAUCAAAACAGUCCUUCAGAUAAACUGACAGUACAUGAUAUUUCAGCUGCUUGUUCAGAAGACAGCAAUAAUAAUUUUAAUUUGUCUACCUAUCAACAUGGAACUCUUAAAAGGAGAUUGUCUGAUGAACAUGACCGAGAAUCAUCAAAAACCGAACAUAAGUCUCAUAAGAAACGCAUGUCAGAUGUAAGUCAUGACAUUUCCUCUUCUAGGCAGGAAAAUGCUGCUGCAUUGGAGGAUACUGGUAAUGUGGUGUCAGAAGAUUAUUCACAAACUAAGACAUUCAUGGUGAAUGAGAAACCAUCUACUCUUUCAUACCCAGCUGAACAGUCAGUAACAGCAUCAAAGGAUUACGGCCCAAAAAGUUCUACCAUAAAAAAGAGACCAUACUUUGAGGAUAUUUAUCUUGAAAAAGAUGUACCUCCUUUAUUUCAGCCUGACAGAAUAUUAUCAGUUUCUUCUACAAAGAAAAAACGAACCAGUCUAAAAGAGAAAAGCCCCAAGUUGGAUGACAAGGCAUUAGAAGAAGAAAUUAUAAGCCUAAGUGCUGAAUCCCAAAUGGAUUACAGUGAAGUUAUUUAUAAGGAGUUAGCAGAAGACACAGAUGUAGAAGUAAAAGGGAACCAAGAUUUAUCAACGGAAGGGAGUUUUAGAACGUUGCAUUAUCCUGAAGAAUGUGCAAGAGAAACAGGGUCUGGUAAAAAUGCUGCUCUUCUGUCUGUCAGUUCUUCAGAGGACCUAGAGCCUAAGUUGCAUAAACUCAGUGACUGUUCAUCUGAAUGUGUUGGUAAUUCAAGUACAUUAAAGCCAGGUGAACAGCAGACACUGUGUAAUAAUGUUGAACACAGUGUGGUAGGAGCACCCAAACAAGGAGAUGAUACUUGUCAAGCCUGUGGCCUUGUUUACAGUAGCUAUGAUGAGAGGACAGCACACAUCCGUCGACAUCCCUAUCAUUGUCAGCGUUGUCAUCUUGCAUUCCGAUCAGAGGUGGACUUCGUAAGUCAUCUCUCAGAACAGCAUCCCCGCACGAGAGAGAGGCAUCAUUGCUUGUUAUGUGAGCGCAGUUUCCCAACAGCUGAGCGCUACAGGCUGCAUCUGUCGGGCCGCACGCAUCGUCACCUGGAGCUCACCCAGCGUCGCACUAUUCACACACUGUUUUCUAUCUUCACUGGUCACAGUUGCCCUGUGCUAACCCCUCUCUCAGACAGUGAGUUGGCAGGUCUCAAAUGGUUUCCUGUGGAACCUGGAACUAUACACUUCUAUCAUCAGGCCACACCAUUGCAGCGUGCCAUGCAGGAUUUGCUGUUGAGGAAGGAAGAAAACUCCAGUAACACUGCAAGGAGCAACUUCAGAAUACCAGAAGACUACCCAUCCAAGUCCAGUGAUUCAUUAUGAGUAGUUGUGUGCAAAUGUGAAACUGCAGUAUGACAAUAUGCUUGAGAUUUUAUAUGAAACCAGAGUUGUUGCUUAUAUUAACAUAUUUUCAGAUAAAAUGCUCAUUUCAUGAACUUGAAAUUUAUUUUUAUUGCACUUUUUAGAUAGAAGUAUAGUUACCUUUUGGCAGUACUUACAUAUUGAAACAUGUGAAGUAAAGUCCUGCUGUUUUGAGAAAUAUUACAAAGCAAUUUAGCCAUAUCACUGUAGACAGUGCUGGCAAGAUCUCAUUCAGAUACUCUACCAUGUUAACAUAAAUUAUUGUAGUUUGCCAUCCAUAUCUUCUUCUGGUUUUGAGUUGCAGUUGGAACAAUCAUUUGAACAUAUCUUAAAAGAACAGCUUUGUUUUAUUAGUUCAUGAUGGAUUGUUAAAGUUUGUAUGUGUGUGUGUUGGAGGUGGACAGGGUCCUGAUGGCAUGGUAUUGUGGAUGUUUUGGAGAAAUUGACAUUCUGCAUCUUCAAGGCAGAGUGACUGGCAGAAAACCUCCAGUAGGUCAUAAAACUAACUCUCACAGACUUAUUAAAAAAGUCUUUUUGUUUUCUUUUUCUUAUUAUAUGGCUACGUGUUUGACCAUGAAGAAUCAUCAUCAGAUGUACACAGGUCAGCCAAAUAUAUGUAGACUGCAAGUACAAAUUUGUUAAAAGUAAUCUGUAGUAUAUUGUUAGUAACUACCUGUGAGCUAUGGAAAAUAUUAUGUUACUAAUUCACUCUGAAGAUAGAACUGACAGUUACUCCAAAAUAUUGGCAGACCAUAUGAUGUCACCCAAAAAAUGAAAAUGCAGUUUUCAUUGUGGGUGGUAAUAAAAUUGAUUAGUUGGAAAAAGGAACAUAUCCAGUGACUGAAAAGCAAAUAUAUUCCCUUAUCCAACUAACUAAUUUAGUAAAGUUUUAUUACAUUAGACUUUGCUGUGUGUUGGAAAGCAAAAUUGAGGUUCCAAACACUUCUUCACCCAUUUUAUGUUCCAGUGUGGAUGUGGACAUGCUUGUGUUAUAACCAUAGUCCAUAUUAGAAGCCAUCAGUCCAGUUCACUUCUAUAGAACUGACAUGCUGAUGGGGCCAGUUCAUUAUUUACCAUUUGAAGAUGGGGCUCAGUGGAAAAAAUGUUCAGAAUCUUGCAGCAGUAAAACUUUUGUUGCAUCUUUUAAAGAUUUGGUCCCUGGCCCAAAGGUUUUAACCUGUGGAGUUUCCUAAUACAGUUUCUUUUGUACAAAAAUAUUUCACUUGAUGCAACUUUUAAACAUUUGCACACACUACACCAUUCACCAAGUGCAUUUUUUGUUUCAUUUUCUUCAUGUUGUGUAGAGGAUAGAACACCAUGUGAAUCAAAUGAAGCAGUUGAUGGAUACAUAUUUUGCUAUAGAUUUCAUUUAUGAUGUGUAUUGUCUAGUUAUGAGUUACAGCAGAGUUAUUUUAAAGGAACUCAUCUUGUCCUACAAA